UACCAUAUGGAUUCUACUAAGUUACUUAGAGUAAACGAAGAAAAAGAUCUCGGGGUGAUCAUUACCGAGAAUUUGUCAUGGGAAUCACAUCUUACCUGCAUUUGUGCGAAAGCUAACAAAUUACUCGGUCUAUUAAAGCGAACAUGUAUUUCAAUUAUUGACAGUAGUGUUCGAAAGACUCUCUAUUUGACGUUGGUUAGGUCCAAGUUAAGUUAUGCGACUGAGGUUUGGUCUCCAGCAAGUUCCUUAUUGAAACAAAAGGCUGAGAAGAUUCAGAGACGUGCUACGAGAUGGAUCUUGCGCGUCAAAGCCGGUGAACUAUCCUACAAAGAGAGGCUUCAGCAACUGGAUAUGCUCCCUCUUGCGUACGAUCGCGAG